UGAUAACAAAUCCAUAUAAUUGUGAUUUCGUGUAAAAUGUUGAUUAAAAAUAAUUCAAAUUAAAAUUUAAGUUUACUUAAUUCUUUUAAUAUAUAUUUGCCAAUCUGGUAAAUAAACCAAAAAGCUAAUUUCAGUGUUAAAAAAAUAUUAUCCGUACUUGUGUUUGACUACAUUUUGCAUCUAAUUUUUGUCUGUAAAUUCCUAGUAGUGAUGGGUCCGCCUCCAGUGGUAACUGGUAUAUCACCUAAAGAAGGGCCUCCUGGUACCAGAGUAACUAUAAGAGGCGAAUUUCUAGGAACAAGCGUAACUGACUUAAUAGGUCUGAAAAUAUGUGGAUGUGAUUGCUUGCUAUCUGCUGAAUGGAAAAGUCGAAAUAAGAUAGUAGCAAGAUCUGGGCCUUGCAAAGGAAGAGGAGAUAUUAUUGUCACUACAAGAUCUGGAGGGGAGGGUACUUCUACUGUUCAGUUUAGAGGUUACCAUGAGUCAAUAGGCCCAGUAAAGGAGAGUGCAGUAUGGGUGGAGGAAGCUGCCCCUCCAGCACUACCGUGGGGGAGACGGCCCAUGUCCCCCACGGCGUAUACCCCACCUGACCCAUUGGGGCUCGCUACUGAGGGAGAUGAUUGCAAGUUUCCUGAAGAAGAGCUUAAUGAACUGUUUCCAGAUGGUUCUGGCAAGCUGUCUGAAGAAAACUUUCAACCUGGCUGGUACUUGCUGGAACAUCAUAGCAAUACUUCAUUUGAAGACUUGAAGGCAGGAAUGGUGUUUCUACAGAGAAAAGUGGAAGGUCAAAAGGAAGGCCAGCUUAGUUUUCUGAAAGCGAAUACUGGGGCUGUAAUGGAUCAACUGGAUCGUCUUGUUCUUCUAAAGAACAUGUAUGAAGAGGAUCAAAGAAAGAAUGGCAAAGAACCACUGCCCAGCUUACAGGCAGCCAUUGAAGAAUCAAUAACAUUAGCGGACUCACUUUUCUCCGAAAUAUUAUCCCGAAAAGAGAACGCCGAUAAGACGCGAGAGGCGCUAUCGCUUCUGACGAGGCACAAGUUUUUAUUCCAACUACCAGCAUCAAUUGAUAGGAAUAUUCGAAAAAAGGAAUACGAUUUAGUUGUUAACGACUAUACGCGAGUUAAGAACUUUUUUGGCAAUACGGAUGUAAAGCUUUUUCAAAAAAUCUUAGAUGAAAUCGAUAAAAAGAUUGAAGAUUUGAAAGAAAAUUUGUUUGCCCGCAUGAAAACAAUGCCAUGUAAUGUCCAAGAACAAACAAAAUACAUAAGAUUGUUAAUAAGUUUAAAUUGGGAUGGUGAUGCAGCGUGGAUUGCAAUCACAACACGAAAAGAUUACCUCAUGAGUCUUAUGAACAAAGUGAAAGACCAUUUUAAACAGAAGGAAGAUCAAGAGAUAAGUGAAAAAGGUAAACGCAAAGCCCGCGAAGAGAACGAGGGCAGCUGGAGCCUGUUGCGCGCGAACUGGUGCGCGUGCGCGUGCGGCGCGCUGGCCGGCGAGCUGCACGCGCUGUGGCCGCUCGCGAGGCGCUACUUCGCGGGCGAGCUCGCCGGCUGCCCCGCCGACCCGCAGCGCCAGGCGGACCUUAAGGAGAUGAUAAUAGCCGCGGUGGAGGUGUUCUCUGAGCACAUGCGCUUGUGCCUGCUGGCGGGCGGCGGCGCGGCGCUGCCCGCGGACGCGCUGCGCUCGCGGCUCGGCGCCAACCUGCGCAACUUGCGGGAUGCGUACGAGUCCUUGUUGAAAUUGGAUCUGCCUUCACAGCCGUUAAGUAUUGUGGAGAAAGUCAUAUUCGAUUAUCGUGUCCACGGCAUGACUGUAUUUUUGCAACGAGCGCACAAGCGAGUGAAAGGACUCGCUGAUAAAGAAACUUGGAAGAUUGAAGAGUUUUCUGAUUAUGGUGCUAUCACUAAUCUUCCGAAUCUUCUAGAAACGUACAUGAACGACGCCCUCUCAUCGAUCCACAAGUGCGUGUCAGUGGGCGGGCGGCGCGAGAGCGCGCUGCUGGCGGAGGGCGGGGAGCCGCUCGCCGCGCUGCACAAGCACACGCAGCAGAUACUGCUCGCGUACGUCGCGGUGCUGCACAACCUGGCGCUGCAGCAUGAUGAUGAGGAUUUCAACAACACAAGUUUAUCAGUCGCGCUCGACCAGCGGUUGGACGAAAGCGGUGAAGGUGGCACUCGCUCGUGGCAACAGCGACUGCUCAUUGCGUCCGCUAAUGCACAAUACACUAGGAGAGUUAUAUUGACCAAUAUCGCGACUUCGUUUGAAAACUAUGAAUUCCCAAAACCGGCGCUAGCGUUACAAACAACGAAGGACGCGCUAAGCGAUCUCGAAUCAAAUAUAGCGGAAACGUACAUAGAACAAAAGGGAGAUCCUCUAGUGGGGACCAUUGAGCCCAGCAUGUAUAUGGGCAGGCAUAAGAUAGACCCAGAUGCUAUGGUAGAUGACGCCAGGCCUUAUGUGUACGAGAUUAUUAAUAACCUCAUCGCUGUGCAUGCUGAGGUGGACAGCAUCUGCGGCGCGGCUGCGUCCCGCUACGUGCGCGACAUAUGCGAGACGGUGUGCGAGGAGGUAGCUCGGCUGGCGGCCUGCGCGCCGCCGCACAGCCGCGCCACCGCCUUCCGAGCGCGGCUCGAGUGCGCGCUGCUGCGGUUGGCGUGCGCGGACCAUCUUACGAGGAAGGCUGAGAGUCAUCUUAUAGAAUCGCUUGCCGGUUUACCUCCACUGGAUAAUGAAGAAGAUAAAAAACGCAUGGACAGCUUGAUUCAAGGAUUUAAGAAAAGAAUGGAACUUCAAUUGGCCUGUCUGAAUUGCAAUAUGGAGACUGUGUAAUUAACGUUACUUAAAAUAUAUUAUUUAUAUCGCAUAAUAUUUUAAUAUAGUAAUUAAUUCAGUAUUGUAUAACCACUAGUACACUGAAGUAAAAGACUCUUUAUUCUGCAAUUAAUUUAUUAUAAAGUUAUAAUUUUUUAAAUAAAUAGUUUCUAAAAAG